AUGUCUAGGGCUCCGCAAGGGCGGCCUCCCCUUCCUUCCCCACGCGGCCCGGUGGAUGGUGAGCUGGAGGAUUUGACGGAGAAGGAGGCGGCGCAAAACCGCCUCAACGACCUCGUGGACCUGGUAGUGAGCGAACGCCAGGAGCAGUUGGAGGAGUCCCGGUGGUUGUGGCGCCGGCUCGAUGAUCUCCAUGCCAUGAUGGUGGCGAUGCAAGGUGGGUGGCGACCGCCAUCACAAGGUGUGGACGGCGGGUCGGCUGCGCGCAUGGAGGCUGCAGCGCUCGGCACCGGCGGCGAGAUCGGAGCGAGCGCGGCGCCGGCGGCGACAUGCGCUAGUGAUGGCGCCGGGGCGGCCGGGGGAUCAGCGGGGUCGCGGGGAGUGGGGCGGCGUCAGCGGCAGCGCCGCUAG